AUGACACGCAUGCACACCAACUCGAAAGGAAAGUCGCAGUCAACCCUGCCAUACCACACCUUUUAUCCAUCGCAUAUUACCAAAACAAAGCAGGAAGUGAUUGACAAGAUACUCACGCUUGCACGCAAGGGUAUACCUGCCUCACAAAUAGGUAACAUACUAAGAGAUGAGGAGGGAGUUGGGCAGAUAAGUGCAAUCACGCAUACCACACUGGUUAGGAUCCUUAGAUUACACAACUUGAUGCCUGCCAUUCCUGAGGAUCUUAACGCAUUGGUCAAGAAGUGUACGAACAUGAGGGCGCACUUGCAAAAAUUUAGGAAUGACAAGGAUCAGAAAUACAGGCUUAUACAAACUGAGAGCAGGUUGUACAGGCUUGCAAGGUAUUACAAGAAAAGGAGUGUUCUUGAUGCUAAGUGGAAGCCUUCGUUCUUGCUAGCAGCAUCUAAAUAAAAGCUUUUAUUGGACA